GGAAUCUGGCAUCGUAUCCGUAUGAAGAUGGCGAUCAGAUCAUCAAUGAUUAACGAUCCAGCUCCAAGUUCCCACACAAGAAUCGUUUUCCGAUCAGCGAUUGUCUCAAGAAUCCUUCUGCUAACAUUAAUGGUUAUCUGGAGAUCAAUCCUUACCCCUUACGACACCUCCGCUUCCAUAAACCCUAGCUGUCUCUCUUCCACCACCACCACCACUCACCACCACGAACAGUUAAUCCGAUUUCCUCGCAUCGCCGCCGCUAUUGAAAAUGGCAUCGUAUGGGACAGCGUGUACUUCGUCCGAAUUGCUCAAUGUGGUUACGAAUAUGAACAGACAUAUGCUUUCUUGCCUCUUCUUCCCUUCUGCAUUUCGUUCUUGUCCCGAACAGUUCUUCAGCCAUUGAUUCCACUUGUUGGACACAGGGCUGUGUUGGCGUUGUGUGGAUAUUUACUUAGCAACAUGUCAUUUGUUUUUGCUGCACUGUUUCUUUACAGGCUUUCUGUUAUUAUUCUGAAGGAUUCGGAGUCAUCACUGAGAGCAUCAAUCUUGUUUUGCUUCAAUCCAGCAUCUAUAUUCUAUUCGUCCAUAUACUCUGAGAGUUUGUAUGCACUAUUAUCAAUUGGAGGACUAUACUUUUUGAUGUCAGGUGCAAAUAAUUUCGCAGUACUCUGGCUUGCUUUCUCUGGAUGUGCAAGGUCAAAUGGGGUGCUUAAUGCAGGGUAUAUCGGUUUCCAGACCAUGCAUCGAGCUUAUGAUGCUGUAUUUCUUCAAAAGAGAGCAUUUCUGGCGUUUCAGGUUCUUAUCUCUGGAAUCUUGCGUUGUGUAUUUAUUUUCAUUCCAUUUGUUGCUUUUCAAGCAUAUGGAUACUACAACCUUUGUGAUGGACUCUCACCGGAAAAACUAAGACCUUGGUGUAAAGCAAAGAUUCCCUUGCUAUACAAUUUUAUUCAAAGUCAUUACUGGGGGGUCGGUUUUCUACGAUAUUUCCAGCUAAAACAGUUGCCAAACUUCCUUCUUGCGUCGCCAAUCCUCUCCAUUGCACUCUGCUCAAUUAUUCAUUAUGUGAAACUACAGCCUAAGGAAUUCUUUUCACUUGGUUUCCGAGUUGCUCCAAAAAGUUAUGGGGAUGCUAGAAUUCUUAUCUCCCCCGGAAUAAAUACAAAGAACACUUCUCCUUCGGAGAGAGAUACAUCAACAGUAAGUCAAGAAGAUCAGGCUCGUAGGAGGAGAAAGAGUAGCAGCAAAGAAGCGGGUCCUACUGUGCUUGCUACAGAAAAUCUAUCAACGGACAAGCUAGGAAAAUUUUCUAUCAUCAUCAUACCAUUCGUUUUACACUUGGGAUUCAUGGUGGCGACUGCAUUUCUUGUCAUGCAUGUUCAGGUUGCUACAAGGUUCUUGUCCGCAAGCCCCCCUAUCUACUGGUUUGCCUCCUAUGUAUUGGUGUCUCCCAGUACCAGCAAGGGCUGGGGAUACUUGAUCUGGGGGUACUGUGCAGCCUACAUCCUCAUCGGCAGUCUGCUCUUUUCAAACUUCUACCCUUUCACUUGAAUCUUUCCAAAAUGAACCGUCCACGGCCAAACAAUGCCAGAUCAUCAUCAUCAGCAUGGAUCCCGUAGACAUGGUACCCAAAAAAAGCUAAUUUAGAUUCAGAAAACAUCUAAACAUUUGAUUAAAUUCGAUCUUUUGAUGUUC